AUGUCGACUAAGGCUGAGGUUUCUCGCCCUCGGGCACCCGACACCAAGAAGGUGCACAUCGCCGACACGCCUAUCACUCGCAACAACUGGUACAAGCAUGUCAACUGGUUGAAUGUCUUCCUCAUUCUCGGCAUCCCGGCCAUCGGCUGCAUCCAGGCCUUCUGGACGCCAUUGCAGCUGAAGACUGCUAUCUGGGCCGUUUUUUACUACUUCCUCACCGGUCUCGGCAUCACUGCUGGUUACCACCGUCUUUGGGCUCACUGCUCUUACUCCGCCACUUUGCCUCUGCGUAUCUGGCUCUCCCUCGUUGGUGGAGGUGCCGUUGAGGGCUCCAUUCGCUGGUGGGCUCGCGGCCACCGCGCUCACCACCGUUACACCGACACUGACAAGGACCCCUACUCCGUCCGCAAGGGCUUCUGGUAUUCCCACCUUGGCUGGAUGGUCAUGAAGCAGAACCCCAAGCGUAUCGGCCGUACCGACAUCACCGAUCUCAACGAGGACCCCGUCGUUGUUUGGCAGCACCGCCACUACCUCAAGGUUGUCUUCUGCAUGGGUCUCCUCGUUCCCAUGGUAGUUGCCGGUCUCGGCUGGGGUGACUGGCUUGGUGGUUUCAUCUAUGCCGGUAUUCUGCGUAUCUUCUUCGUGCAGCAGGCCACUUUCUGCGUCAACUCUCUCGCUCACUGGCUUGGUGACCAGCCCUUCGAUGACCGCAACUCUCCCCGUGAUCACGUUAUCACUGCUCUGGUCACUUUGGGUGAGGGUUACCACAACUUCCACCACGAGUUCCCUUCGGACUACCGCAACGCCAUUCAGUGGCACCAGUAUGACCCCACCAAGUGGACCAUCUGGUGUUGGAAGCAGAUUGGUCUCGCCUACGAUCUCAAGCAGUUCCGUGCCAAUGAGAUCGAGAAGGGCCGCGUCCAGCAGCUUCAGAAGAAGAUUGACCAGAAGCGUGCGAAGCUUGACUGGGGUGUUCCCCUGGAUCAGCUCCCUGUGCUUGAGUGGGACGACUAUGUCGAGCAGUGCAAGAACGGCUGUGGUCUCGUCGCCAUCGCCGGUGUUGUUCAUGACGUGACCGACUUCAUCAAGGACCACCCUGGUGGCAAGGCCAUGAUCAGCUCUGCUAUUGGUAAGGACGCCACUGCCAUGUUCAACGGUGGUAUCUACUACCACUCCAACGCCGCUCACAACCUCCUCUCCACCAUGCGAGUUGGUGUGAUCCGCGGUGGCUGCGAGGUUGAGAUCUGGAAGCGUUCCCACAAGGAGAACACCGAAUACGUUCGCGACGAGUCAGGCCAGCGCGUCAUUCGUGCUGGACAGCAGGUGACCAAGAUCCCCGAACCCAUCCCCACUGCGGAUGCUGCUUAA